CUGUUUUCCCGCUGCGCACCGCUGCUGUGUUUUCCAUGAACAGUCCGACUUUUGAGCGCUUUUCGGCGGGUUCCGUUAAAAUGGCGCUGCUGUUGCCAGGAGCUGAACCCCAGCAGACGAAGUGACAGCGGUUAAAAACACACCGUGGACCGUUUCUGCACGCACGGAAGGUACUAUGUACGAGAACAAUGGCGACGCUAGAUCAGAAAUCCCCCAACGUGCUUCUGCAGAAUCUGUGCUGUAAGAUCACGGGCAAGAGUGAAGCUGAUGUAGCUCUUCAGUUCCAGUAUGCCGUGAGGGUCAUCGGAAGUAAUUACGCACCCACAAUUGAACGGGAUGAGUUUUUGGUGUCUGAGAAGAUUAAAAAAGAAUUGCUGAAACAAAGACGGGAAGCAGAUGCUGCCCUUUUCUCCGAGUUGCACAGAAAGCUUCAGACCCAGGGUGUACUGAAACAUAGAUGGUCAAUCUUAUACCUCCUGCUCAGCCUUUGUGAGGACCCAAGGAAGCCGUCUAACCGUGUUCCUGUGUGUAGUUAUGGAGCUCUGCUUGCCCAGGGUUUGCCUCGUGAUGUCCACUCCACCACGUUUUACUACGCCCGUCCCCAGAGCCUCCCGCUCAGCUACCCAGAGCGCUCAGCCACUGCCCAUAACUCCAGCAUGGCUACCAGUGGCAUCGGCAGUAUGGGAGCAUUCACGAUCAAUGGGCCUGGGCCGACCCCUCCGUCUCUGCUCACUGGACCUGGACCACAAGCUGUCGGUGAGUCUAUGAGAGGGUCUCAUCUAGCCUGGACUCUCCCGGUCUCCAGUUCACCCUCUGGGGCAGCUGCUGCCCCUCGUCCCCCAAGUGGACCCUCUUCCAGUCCGGCACCCAGACUCCCGCAGAGACCGAGACGGGAUGGAGAUGGCAGUGCUGAGAUCGGGGAGGCUGCUCUCGUCCGAGACAUUCUUUAUGUUUUCCAGGGAAUAGAUGGAAAGUUCAUCAAGAUGUGCAGCCCAGAAAACUGCUACAAAAUUGAUUCAAAGGUGCCACUGUGUAAGUCUCUAAGAGACACUAGCAGCAGGCUAGCUGAGCUCGGCUGGCUCCACAAUAAGAUUAGAAAAUAUACAGAUUCCCACAGCCUGGAUCGAGCCUUUGGCCUAGUCGGGCAGAGUUUUUGUGCUGCAUUGCAUCAAGAGCUGAAGGAGUACUACAGAUUGUUGUCUGUACUUCAUGCACAGCUCCAGGUGGAAGACGAUCAGGGUGUAAACAUGAGCGUGGAUAACAGUCUGACUCUAAAGAGACUGCUGGUGUGGACCUACGACCCCAAGAUUCGGCUGAAAACACUAGCCGCACUGGUGGACUACUGCCAAGGGCGUAAAGGAGGAGAGUUGGCCUCAGCUGUACAUGCUUAUGAAAAGACGGGUGACCCUCACAUGAGAGCGUUGAUCCAGCACAUCCUUGGUCUGGUGUCCAACCCCAUUCUUAACUUCCUGUAUCGCUGGAUCUACGACGGGGAGCUGGAGGAUACGUACCAUGAGUUCUUUGUAGCCUCAGACCCAGCGGUGAAGACAGACAGACUGUGGCAUGACAAGUACUCUCUGAGGAAGAGUAUGAUCCCCUCCUUCAUCACCAUGGAUCAAGCCAGGAAGGUUCUACUCAUUGGCAAAUCCAUCAACUUCCUGCAUCAGGUAUGCCACGACAGGACGCCGCCGGGAAAGAUCAUGCCUGCCUCCAAAUCCACCGACUCUCCCAAAGAUGCGGCAGUGUUGUUCACUGAUCUGGAAGGGGCCUUUCAGAGUAAGAUUGAUGCUGCAUAUUUUGAGACCAGUAAGUAUCUGCUGGAUGUGUUGAAUAAAAACUACCAGCUGCUGGAGCAUCUUCAGGCCAUGAGGAGAUACCUGCUGCUGGGCCAGGGAGACUUCAUCCGACACCUCAUGGACCUCCUCAAGCCAGAGUUGGUGAGGGCUGCCACCACUCUUUACCAACAUAAUCUAACCGGUAUCCUGGAGACUGCUGUCAGAGCAACCAAUGCCCAGUUUGACAGUCCGGAGAUACUGAAGAGGCUUGAUGUCCGGCUACUAGAGGUUUCUCCUGGGGACACUGGUUGGGAUGUCUUCAGUUUGGAUUAUCAUGUAGAGGGGCCCAUUGCCACGGUGUUCACCCGUGAGUGCAUGAGCCACUACCUGCGAGUGUUUAACUUCCUGUGGAGGGCUAAAAGAAUGGAGUACAUCCUCACAGAUAUAUGGAAAGGUCAAAUGUGUAACUCCAAACUGUUGAAGAGCAUGCCUGAGCUCUCCGGUGUGCUGCACCAAUGUCACCUUCUCGCUUCCGAGAUGGUUCACUUCAUCCAUCAGAUGCAGUAUUACGUCACAUUUGAGGUGUUGGAGUGCUCUUGGGAUGAGCUGUGGAAUAAGGUCCUGCAGGCUCAGGAUCUGGACCACAUUAUAGCAGCUCAUGACGUUUUCCUGGACACCAUCAUUUCUCGCUGCCUGCUGGAUGUGAACAACAGGUCUCUGUUGAAUCAGUUGCGUGCGGUGUUUGAUCAGAUCAUUGAGUUCCAGAAUGCUCAGGACACACUGUACCGCUCUGCUCUAGAAGAGCUGCAACUGCGCAUCCAAUUCGAGGACAAGAAGAGACAGAGGGAAGAAAUGGGCGAGUGGGGUGUAACAGCAGAGCAGGAGGCCGAGGAGAACAGACGUGUGCAGGAGUUUAAAGACACAAUACCAAAAAUGUGCUCUCAGCUCAGAUUACUCACACACUUCUAUCAGGGCAUAGUGCAGGAGUUCCUGCGGCUGCUAAUGACCUGCUCUGAUGAGAGUCUUCAGUUCCUCAGUUUCCGUCUGGACUUCAACGAGCAUUAUAAGGCCCGUGAUCCUCGCCUCCGGCCCUCGCUAGGGGCCACUAGAGGGAGACGAAGCUCCAACAUCUGACCUUGCAGACUUUGGGAAAGUUGAUGUUAUGUGGUUGCUGUCAAGAGACUGUUUAUUAAUAGAGCUACUCAGAACUUUUCUGGUGUGCUGUAAGAAACUCAUAUAACAGGGAAACCGUAUAGAAAAUCCUAUUCUAGUGUCAUAACCCCAAUAAUUUCAGU